AUGUCCGACAACCAAGUCCUACGUCUUGUGGAUGAGCAAAAUAGCCCCAACAAUAAUAUAAGAACCAAUGCAGAGUUGCUAUUCAACCAAUUAGCUGCUCAAAACCCUUCUCAGGUGGCAUACCAACUUAUUGAGUCUUGUGGAUCUCCACAGAUUCCCUUGUAUGUUCGUCAGUCAUGUUUGCUUCAUUUGAAGCGCUUAGUGCCCAAAUUUUGGUCCAUGGGGUUUGAGCUGUUUGUGGGGCCUCCCAUUGACCAGGAAUUGAAGCGCAUGAUCCGCUCCCGGUUGCUUGAGUUGGCCGCUUCUUCUGAGCUGAAAAUCAGAUCGGGAAGUGCCUAUGUAAUCGUGCAAAUAGCUGCCGCAGACUAUCCAGAUGAAUGGCCCGACUUAUUGGACCAAUUGUAUGCUCGUUCGGUAGAUUUUUCUAAUGAGACAGCGGUGGUGGGCUCAUUGGCUGUACUCAAUGAUCUCUUCGAUGACUUAAUCACGGAGGAUCAAUUUUGGGAGGGCGGAAUUGGAGCUAAGUUAAUCAGCCACAUUUGUAACAUUUUAUCGCAGGACUCUUUGUCUUCUGCCGUGAAAGCUGCAGCUCUCAAGUUGUACUGGACUGUGUUUAGCACUUUACUGAGUGCUGAAGCUACUAAUCUGGUGGAGCGGAGAAAGGCUGUUAACCACCACAUUGCGAGCUUUGCAGAGCUUCUCUACCAAUUGCUUCAGAAGCUGUAUAAAGUGUCAGUAUCUGCUGACUCUAUUCUGUUGGUGGAACUCGAUUACAGAUGCAAGUUAUACACUACUUUGUCUCGCCUUUUGAAUCACUUCAGAAAGUUUGUGGGUCCAAAUCUUGGCCAUUCCAUCUUAGGAACCGUUCUUAUCGACCUUUCAUUUGGCUCCAAGAUCUUUGAAGUAAUUUUGGUCAACGCUGGGGAUGCUGGAUCUAUUGAGAAAACUGACGAUCUCGAUAACCCAGGCAAAUGUAUAAUAGAUUUUCUUUGUGAACUUUUCCUGACGCUAUCAUUCCUUCAACAUGGUCUUGUGUUGCAGAGUACCGUUUCCCAGGGAGAAUUCUCCACGUUUGUUCAGAAUUUGAUCUCCUGUACUACCAUACCAGAGGAGACUGUGGAGACAUACACUAGUGACUAUAAUACCUUUGUCACCGAUGUCACUGGCCUUUCAUCUCAAUCCACUGUUCGUGAUUCCAUUGCGGAAUUUUUGAUGGAUAUCAACGACACUGAUGCUGCUGGAAUCUUCGAAGCUAUUCGGGAGAACACCGUGAGUGCCCAAUUGCAGUGGCGAACCAAAGAGUCAUGUUUGUUCUUGGCAGAAUCUUUAUUUCUGAACGAAGAUGCAGAGCUGAUUGGCCAGAACCUUCCAUUGAGCUCAUAUUUGUCAAGUUUGAAUGAGUUAAUAUCUGUUGAGCAAGGUCCAUUCAAUCACGCGCUAGUGAUUGCUAGGAUCGUACUUCUUUUGCCUCGCUUCUUUGAGAAAUUCAGAGUGAAGUUGGACCUUAAUUCAUUUGGUGUCAACGAAUUCACGAACACUCUCGCGUAUGCGUCGUCCAAAUCUUCUAUUGAAAUGUUUGACUUGGUGCGCUCCGCUGCUUUGGUGAGUUGUACUUUGUGGAAAAAUAUCCCAGGACUCACCUUAUCCAAGCUCCCAAAUUCUGCUCAAAUUGAUAUUUUUGAGACUUGCGUUGCCAUUUUGGAUGAUAGCGAUGAGGACACCCUUCCUGUCUUGUUGGAGGCUAUCUCUGUUGCCAUUGACAUCGACCACCAAUACCCUCACCUGGCAAACAAUGUUGAAACCACAGUGGUGGAUUUAAUCUUCAAGAUAUCAUUCAAAGAUCCCGCCAACAUCCAGUUGACCAUCGACUCCGCAGAUUGCUUGCAGACUCUUUUGGCCGGAAUCACUAUGGAUCAGUACCUUCAUGUGUGCCAGCAACUGGUUCCCUUCAUCCUUGAAAUCAUCAGCCGCUCCUUGGAAUCAGUAACUGUUGAAUAUACUCCUCAAUUGUACUUGGCACUUGAGCUUCUUGGGUACAUCAUAGGGGCUGCCCCGACUACGCCAGGGCAAGUGGACUCGUUCCCUCCGGAAAUUUUCACAUUCACGUUCCCAGUUUUGAAGGAUUUGAUUUUGAGAACCAAUGACGACCAAAUCUUGCAAAAUGGAGGUGAAGUGUUCAACAAUCUUCUUCAGAAAGCAUCCAAAUUCUUUAUCGAAUAUGUUGAACCUGCCACUAAUCGGUCUGGUUUGGAAGUGCUUUUGGAAGUAGCCUCCAAGUUUUUGUCUCCUGAGUUGUCCGAUAGUGCUGCAAUGAACUGUGGCUUAAUUGUUAUAUCGUUGUUUGAGAAUUUUCAGUCGUCUCUUGAUGGAAACUUCUUCUUCCAGCUUCUCCAGGCUACGGUCCGCCGUGUUGUUAUCGCCAAAGAGGUUGUAACCAUUGAAAACUUGAUUAUGGUCUUCUGCAAAUUGGUAUUAAACACCUCGCCUGAACAAUUGAUAGAUGCUUUAACGAGCGUGGAUAUUGAAGGAAAGAGUGGACUCGAGUUGGUAUUGCCAAUCUGGUUCAACUCCUUUGAGAUCACAAGGGGAUUUGAGAAGAUCAAACAAAACAUUUUGGCCUUAGGUAAGAUUUUCUCCCUCGCGGAUGAAAGAGUGUCCAAUUUGAUUGUUAAUGGAGACUUGAUUCCAUACGACGGAGAUCUCAUCAUCACGAGGUCCAUGGCUAAGACUAUGCCUGAAAAGUACACCCAGAUACCUGCUCCACUCAAGAUUAUCAAGUUAUUAGCAGGAGAAUUGGGUUUUCAAUGCCAGCAACCGGAUCCUAACGACUACUUACCAGACCAAGAAGAUAAUGUUUCGGAAGAUGAAGACGGGGAAUGGGAGGACAUGGACGACAUUGGAGUACCUAAUUACGAGAAGUUGAAGUCUUACGUGGACUCAGAUGAUGAGAACGGCGGAGACGACUCCACCGACCAAGGUAUCAAAGAUAUGCUAGUGCAAUUCUUCAGAGAAUGCACAGCAAAGAAUCUUGGUAACUUCCAGUACUACUACGAGAUGUUGAGUGACGAUGAGAAGAAAAUCAUCACCGAAAACCUUGUUUUCUAG